AUGUCUAGUGUUGAUGUUGACUUAGUUAAUGACAAUAAUUGUAGGGAAGAUUCAAAAAAUGGUUUAGUAAGCUUACCAGAAAAUUCAGUUUUUAAUGAAGAGUAUGAUUUCCCGAAAUCCGUUUGCCAUACAUGCAAUGGCUAUUACGGCCCUUGCUUUGGUGAACCAAUUUGUGCUACCUGUCAUGCAUUUCUUUUUCCUGAAACUUUAACUUGUGGAUAUUUCGAGGUAGACACGUUAUUUGAAUUCCACACAGAUGACAGUGAUUCUGGAAAUGAUGAACCGACGGAUUCAUUUAAUUUUCUCGACCGACGGGAUAAAAUGUUUCGUCGUUCACAACGCUGUCAAAAUAAAAAACGAAGUCCUCAUCAAAAAUUUGACUUAUUAGCCCAACAAAUUAUUUUCUUAACAACACCGAGGGGAUCUGAUGAUAUUUCAUUAGAUAUUGUGCAGUGCUUACCCGCAGAAGUGUUGUUUGUUGUUUUUUCGUACCUGGACGAUUUAUCACUAUGUUGCGUCGGUAAUGUAUGUAAAAGAUGGAGAAAUUUAUUAAAAACUCAAAUUAGUGAUGAAUCAUGGAAAGAAUAUACUUUAAAAAGGUGGCCUCUAUUCAAACCUGUCGUUUCACACGGUAAUUGGUUUAAAUUGUAUACUCGUUUAGUUGAAAGUUCACCUUGCCGAACUUGCUUACAAGUGAUGUGGAAUCAAACUAAUUCUAAAGCAGAGGAAUAUUCGUGGAGGAAGAAUAGACUCAGAUAUGAAUUAAGAAGUCUUCAAACUGAUCCUUUAGAAGGUAUUCAAAUCACGCCAUUAGAUUUUGCAUGUUUUCAUUGGCAAGCCACCAUCACCGGCCCUGUUGGAAGCCCUUAUGAAGGUGGACUUUUUUACUUACAUAUACAUGUUCCAAAUGGUUAUCCUCUUUGUCCUCCGAUUGUUAAAUUUUUAACCAAAGUAUUUCAUCCCAAUGUAUCAAGGCAUGGCGAUGUUGGAAUUGAUUCUCUGCAGCACAAUUGGAGUUUGGCAUUGACUAUAUCUAAAGUUCUUAUAUCAGUGCAAAGUUUAUUAACUGAUCCAUAUUGUCAUGUAUGUAUGGAACCUGAAAUCGGUUCGUUAUAUUUAUCAGAUAAAGAAACUUUUGAAAGAAUUGCCAGAGCAUGGACCUGGAAAUAUGCAAUGCAUGAUUAUUUAAAAUAA